AUGGUCCUGCCAUCAUCAUCACCUACACAGAGUACAGGCACACAUAAAAUUAUUGGUGCAAAAUCUGCCGGUCACACUGACAAUCUUAGAUCAUCACCACCUAGAAGUAUCCUUGAAGACAUACAACAAAUACAACAUGAUAGAUCAAUGAAAUUGCUUCAUCCUCUAUCUUUAUCCCCUAUACGAGCGAAAGAACCAGAAAGAUUCCAAUCGCACCUGCUUCUGCUGCCACUAAGGAAAUCAAGUGAGCCACGAAAUGUAAAGACUAUCAAUAGUCGUAACAAACAUGACAUCAUGCAAAAGACACGACAACAAUAUGUACAGGAGAAAUUACUUCUUCAACGUGACAAGCAAUCAUCCCAACAAUUCACCCAGGAUCUUAUUCGUAAGUACGAAGAGGAAUAUAAUCAAAUCAUGCAAGGAGUCGAUAUUGAUCAGUUGAUUGAGGAAGAACAAAAUGUUAAUUAUGCCGAUGAUGAGAGUUGGGAGGAUGAAUACCAACAGGAAUUAGAAGAGUUGGAAUUCGAAGAAGACUUGGAAUUGGUUGAAUUGUUACAUAGUUUGGAACUAAAUGAGCAAGCAUCUGAUCACUAA